GUGACGUACUCGGGCGGCAGCAAUGUUUCAGCUGCACUUCGGCCUCAGAGAGAGACAAGUGGAUGGAAAACCUGAGGAGGACCAUUCAGCCCAACAAGGACAACUGUCGGCGGGCGGAGAACCUGCUGCGUCUGUGGAUCAUCGAAGCCAAAGACCUGCCGCCGAAGAAGAAGUAUUUCUGCGAGCUCUGCCUGGACGACGUCCUGUACGCCCGGACCACCAGCAAGACUCGCCACGACAGCCUGUUCUGGGCGAGUACUUCGACUUCUCCAGCCUGCCCGCCAUGCACAGCAUCACCGUGCACAUCUACCGCGACGUGGACAAGAAGAAGAAGAAGGACAAGAACAACUACGUGGGCCUGGUCAACAUCCCGGUGUCGGGCGUGACGGGCCGGCAGUUUGUGGAGAAGUGGUACCCGGUCAGCACGCCCACCACCAGCAAGGCCAAAGGAGGCGGGCCGUCGAUCCGCAUCAAGUCCCGCUUCCAGACCAUCUCCAUCCUGCCCAUGGAGCAGUACAAGGAGUUCGCCGAGUUCGUCACCAACAACUACACCAUGCUGUGCUCGGUGCUGGAGCCCGUCAUCAGCGUCAAGAACAAGGAGGAGAUGGCGUGCGCCCUGGUCCACAUCCUGCAGAGCACCGGGAGGGCAAAGGACUUCCUGACAGACCUGGUGAUGUCGGAGGUGGAUCGCUGUGCCGACCACGACGUCCUGAUCUUCAGGGAGAACACCCUCGCCACCAAAGCCAUCGAGGAAUAUCUGAAGCUGGUGGGACAGAAAUACCUGCACGACGCACUCGGUGAGUUCAUCAAAGCCCUGUACGAGUCGGACGAGAACUGCGAGGUGGAUCCCAGCCGCUGCUCCGGCGGCGAUCUGGCCGAGCACCAGAGCAACCUGAAGAUGUGCUGCGAGCUGGCUUUCUGCAAGAUCAUCAACUCCUACUGGUGAGACACCUGGAAACACUUUG